UGUCGAGGCGCGCGGCGGCUACUUUGGAAACCGUUCGGUCCACUGCUUGCUCUUGCUCUCUUUCUCUCUCUCUCUCUAUCUCUCUCUUAUUGUAUCUUCAUUGCAAAAUUGGUUUUGUUUUUGUUUUUUGGGUUUUGUUUUCGUCACAGAACUUGUUGUGCUGUAUCGGAGCGAACGUCUAGCAACAAAUUGAAAAGAGCAACGAGAUGAGCAGUCAAAGUGAUCAUAUACCCACUAUAUCGCCGGGUCGCAAAGCCGCCUUUCAGGUGAUGUCGGGCGGCUCGGCUGGAUUCCUGGAAGUGUGCAUAAUGCAGCCGCUCGAUGUGGUCAAGACACGCAUGCAGAUUCAAGCGCGUCCUGCUGCCAUCACCGCCAUCCCCGCAGCCGAGGUGCACUACUCUGGCGUGUUUGACUGCUUCGCGAAGAUGUAUCGGCAGGAGGGCAUCGCGUCGUAUUGGAAGGGUCUGAUGCCGCCAAUACUGGCUGAGACGCCCAAGAGGGCCAUCAAGUUUCUGGUAUUCGAACAGACAAAGACGUUCUUCCAGUUUGGCUCGCCGACACCGACGCCGCUGACGUUCGCACUGGCGGGCUUAACGGCUGGCACGCUGGAGGCCAUAGCUGUCAACCCGUUCGAGGUGGUCAAAGUGUCGCAGCAGGCGAAUCGCCAGAAGAAGCUGAUCGGCACCUUCGAUGUGGCACGCGACAUUGUCCGCAACGAUGGCAUCGGACUGCGCGGCCUCAACAAAGGCCUGACCGCCACAAUGGGCCGCAAUGGCAUCUUCAACAUGGUCUACUUCGGCUUCUAUCACAGUGUCAAGAACCUGGUGCCGGAGAGCAAGGACAACACUUGGGAGUUCAUACGCAAGGUGACCAUCGGCUUUAUGGCCGGCACCCUCGCCUGCUUCGUCAACAUACCCUUCGACGUGGCCAAGUCACGCAUCCAGGGACCCCAGCCGAUGCCCAACCAGAUCAAAUACAGCGGCACGCUCCAAUCCAUUCGUACCGUCUACAGGGAGGAGGGCUUCCGUGCCCUCUACAAGGGCCUGGUGCCCAAGAUCAUGCGCCUGGGACCUGGCGGCGCCAUCAUGCUCCUCGUCUUUGACUACACAUACGAAUACCUUUUGUUGAACCAUUCAUAGUCCUCUCCUAACAAACAUAGCUAUAAGAAACUGUUGGAUUUUUUUUUUAGACUUGCUUGAAAAUAUCUAGUAAUACCAGAACUGGCGAACAGAUGUAAAUACAUAAUUAAACACU